UAAACUUAUCUCUAGAACUAUCAACCUCUGUUGAUAAGACAUAUAUUGCGGAAGAUCUGUAGAUCUGGGAGCACUGGUAUAGGUUUGUCCGACAGAACAAGAUGUACAUCCUUACGGGACUAACGCUAUGUACUGUGUCACUCAUGGUCAUGGGUGCUUUGAGGGAUGACUGUGCCUCUAACAGUGACUGCCCCGCCACGCACUGCUGUGUGACGGACUAUCACGGGAAGUACUGUUCUGCCUACCAGAACGCCACCCAACCGUGUCAUCUUCCGGGUCACACACUCCAUCUGUACCACUGUAACUGUGCCCCAGGAUACAACUGCCAACCUUUACAUAUAUCUGCAGAAGGUUCACUAGCAGGUGCUCUGCAUCAGGUGGAGACUAUCCUGUCACAUACUGGUUAUGGGACAUGUGUGCCAGUCGUAUAAAUUCUUAUUUUGUAUAUUAAACAGCUAAAAUCUCA